UCAAUUUGGACAAUAUGUAACAAAUUGCAUUCAUAUUUCGUUAACGUUUCCACCCACGCGCGCGCGUCUUCACACACGCACACACAGACGAACAAACGACUGCAGAAAAAGAGUUGUUAAAACUCAGAUGAAUGGAAAUACAAAAGGAAAAUGAACAGAUGCGCGAAGAACUGUAGCCUAUAGGCUAUAGCCCCAUCUCGGUGGUAUCGAAUUCACGUUUGCUGCUGUCUAAAGAGUCAGAUCUUUCAAUUUGAUUUCCAAUUCUAGGUUUACUCUUUGUAGACAGCAAACGGAUUAAGCGUUAUCAUGGCAGAUUCAGAAGAAAAUAAUGCAUUGUUUCCCAUUUUUAUUUUAUCGAUGAUCGCCUUGCCUUUAGUCCCUUAUACCAUAUUGAAGUUAUUCCGUGCUGCUUCAAAAAAAGAAAAGAACAUCCAUUGUGCAUGUUCCGAUUGUGGUCAAUCAGGAAAAUAUCGCAAAUCAGUUUUUAAAAAGGUUGCAAACGUCUCAACAUGUGGUAACUUCACUCUGGUGCUGCUAUGGGUCAUCACGGGAUUUCUCGUUCACUAUGUUAAGAACAUGAGCCGAGAGAAUCAAGUCUUUGAGCCAUUCAGUAUUCUUGGAAUAGAAGCUGGAGCAUCAGAUAACGAGAUUAAGAAGGCAUAUAGGAGACUCUCUAUCCAGUACCAUCCUGAUAAAAAUCCCGAUCCAGCUGCUCACAAGUACUUUGUGGAGUCCAUAUCAAAAGCUUACCAAGCUCUAACGGAUCCAAUUUCCCGUGAGAAUUUUGAAAAAUAUGGUCAUCCUGAUGGUAGACAGGGGUUUCAAAUGGGAAUUGCUCUUCCUCAGUUUCUUCUUAAUAUUGAUGGUGCUUCUAGUGGGAUACUCUUAAUGUGGAUUGUUGGAAUCUGCAUAUUGUUGCCACUCGUGAUGGCAGCUAUAUAUCUGUCAAGAGCUUCAAAGUACACUGGUAACAAUGUCAAGAAUGACACGUUAGCUGCCUACUAUCAUUUAAUGAAACCUUCUUUGGCCCCCAGCAAAGUCAUGGAAGUCUUCACUAAGGCUGCUGAAUUCCUGGAAAUUCCAGUUCGAAGAUCCGAUGACGAACCCCUUCAUAAACUCUUUACGACAGUAAGAAGCGAGUUGAACAUAGACCUUAAAAAUAUAAAAAAGGAACAAGCAAAGUUUUGGAAACAGCACCCGGCACUUGUUAAGGCAGAACUGUUGAUUCAGGCACACUUAACUCGUGAAACUGCAUCUUUGACCCCAGACUUGGAACGGGACUGUAAACGUGUGCUUGAAUUUGCACCUCGUCUACUUGAGGAGUUGAUGAAGAUGGCAAUCAUUCCACGCUCUUCUAAAGGGCAUGGCUGGCUAAGGCCAGCAGUUGGGGUUGUUGAACUCUCACAGUGCAUUGUUCAGGCUGUUCCUCUUAGUGCUAGGAAGUCAACUGCGGGGUCCACUGAGGGAAUUGCUCCUUUUCUACAGCUCCCACACUUCAAUGAUGAUAUAGUAAAAAAAAUAACCCGAAAGAAGGUGAGGACAUUCCAAGAUUUUCAAGACAUGUCUAUACAAGAAAGAGACGAACUUCUUUCUCAAGUAGCCGAAUUAUCUCCUCCACAAGUGGUGGAUGUAGAGAAGGUAAUGGAACUGAUUCCCUCUCUAACAGUUGACGUCACUUGUGGAACCGAGGGAGAGGAAGGUGUACAAGAGGGAGACGUAGUCACAGUUCAGGCAUGGAUCAGUCUCAGCCGUCCAAACGGUUUGAUCGGAGCCAUUCCACACACACCCCGUUACCCAUUCCACAAGGAAGAGAGUUUCUGGUUCUUGCUAGCGGACCCCACUUCGAACAACGUGUGGUUUUCUCAGAAGGUGAGUUUUAUGGAUGAAGUGGGAGCCAUCAGUGCCGCCUCAGCAGCAAUAGAGGAGAGAAUGGAAGUAAUUGGAGCAAGUCCGAAGGAGAUGAGUGAUGCUGUGAAGGAAGGGGUAGAGAGGGUUAAGAGUGGGUCCCGCCUUGCUAUGGGGAAGUUCUUGGCUGCGGCGGAGGGACACUAUAACUUGACUUGCUACGUGUUGUGUGAUUCUUGGAUUGGAGUUGAUAAAAAGUCGAAUUUGAAGAUUAGGGUUUUGAAAAGGACUCGUGCUGGUACGCGUGGCGGUCAGGCGGUUGUGGAGGAGGGUGUUGAGGAGGACGAGGAGGAGAUUGAAGAAGAGGAAGAGGAGGAAGAUGUUGAGAGUGAGUACAGUGAGGAUGAUGAAGAAGAAGAGGAGAAAGUAAGUGCGAAGAAGAAAGGAGUUGCUAACGGUAAGAAAAAUGGUCGGAAGGGAAGGCAAUCUAGUUCAGAUGAAAGUUCCGGUUCCGAUGAGGACUGACAUUUUACUGUUUUUUUUUCUUUCGGCCAACAGAUUUUUUUUUUUUUUUUUUUUUUCUUUUAACAGAAGAAAACUACUAUUUAAAAGCGGUUUGCGACUGAUGAUGAGAUAUUUUUCGGAAGUUCGGUUUAAUUUGUGAUGGAAAUUUAUGAGGACAAUUUUGAUUAGGCGUCUGUCUGGCUUCUUAUUUUU